UCAUUCAUAAUUGUCUACUUGUACUGAUGAAGCAAUUAUUUAUUAAAUGUGUUUUUAUAGAGAUCAGCAGAGUGCGCGUAUCAUUGUUCCAGUUUGAUUUUGCGAAAGAUGCGAUGUCGAAUUUGCCGGAGCCACUGGGCGAAGUUACCACCAUGAGCGAGAAAAUAUAUGUACCGGUGGACGAACAUCCUGAUUACAACUUCGUUGGAAGAAUAUUGGGUCCGCGUGGUAUGACAGCAAAACAACUGGAGCAAGAAACUGGCUGCAAAAUAAUGUACAACUUCGUUGGAAGAAUAUUAGGUCCGCGUGGUAUGACAGCGAAACAACUGGAGCAAGAAACUGGUUGCAAAAUAAUGGUCCGUGGUAGAGGUUCGAUGCGCGAUAAAAUUAAGGAAGAGGCGAAUCGUGGGAAACCGAACUGGGAACAUUUGUCGGAAAAAUUGCAUGUGCUAAUACAGUGCGAAGACACAUCCAAUCGUGCAAAGCUGAAGCUGAAACGAGCUGCCGAUGAAGUGAGAAAACUACUCGUCCCUUCGUCGGAAGAUGACGAGUUGAAGCGCAAGCAGUUGAUGGAGUUGGCGAUCAUUAACGGUACAUACCGCUCCGGGAAUAUUGGACAGACAACUGCUGCUGCUGCGCAAGUUGCUGCUGCAGCUGCAGCGAGUAAGAAUUCAUUAGCAGCGCUGCAAGCUCGUCUGAUGGCCCCACUUCCUCUCGCUGCUGGCCAGCCGAACAAUCUUCGAUCGCCUGGCUUAGCCGGCGCACCGAUAAUCCUGUCACCGUCACGCGGUGCUACGGGACCAUCUGCAGCAACGGCUGCUGCGGCAGCAUUGGCAGCACAAUUGCAAGCAGUUGCAAAUCAACAAAAUGUGGCGGCGGCACUUUCACAGCAAACUUCUGCAGCGGCCGUGGCCGGACUGCCGGCGCAGCUACUCCAGAAUACGGCACUGACACCGAACGAUUUCGGACAACUAUAUCUCAAUUCGUUGUCGUACGAUGGAUCGAACGCUGCAGGAUACGGAGUGCCAGUAAGUGGGGCUGCCGCGGCUACACUUCAGGCUCAAGCCCAAGCUCAAGCGCAAGCUCAGCAGCAACAACAACAAUAUGCUGCUGCGGCGGCUGCUGCGAUGCUCGGCGCGAACCCGUAUAUCGGUGACUACUCCUCCGUCGAUAUAUCGCAUGCUGGUCAGUUAGUGUUUGUUAGGUACUGAGA